CUGACCUUCUGCUGAGGGUUUCAUAGCUGUAAGGAGUUAUUUUAAAAGAAUACUUGCAAGGCAUUAAUUUUAUUCAAUGGCGUUGCAGGACCUGUGCAAUUUUGAUGGCAUCUUUCAUGAAAGUAUAUCCACGGUAAGAAAUGUAAUGGCAUCUGGAAAAAAGAAAAUUAUGGAAAAAGAAAACUAUGCUGCUGGUGUGGCCUUGAGCAACAGCACAAGUCUGUUCCAUUUUUAUAUACCAGUAGCAGAGUAUGUGGAUGAAAGCCCGAUACAGUUUGGGCAAAUCAGCACAACGCAGAGCUUAAGCAGAAACCCAUCUCAGGAAUUGUUUUUAUCACCCUCCUCCUUGCCUGCAAGUUUUCCUUUCGCUGCCUCUCAGUCUGUACCUCUUCCCUUCCCCAUGGGCCAUGGGACCACCACUCUAGCUUUCAUGUUUCAGGGCGGGGUCCUGGCUGCGGCAGACACUCGUUCCAGUUGCUCGGGCCUCGUGGCGUGUCCAGCCUCUCAGAAGAUCCUGCCCAUUCACAGCCACAUGGUGGGCACCACUUCAGGAACCUCCGCUGACUGUGCGCUUUGGAAACGGAUUCUCUCGAGAGAGCUACGCCUAUACCAGCUUCGCCACGGACGCCGGUUGUCCACCAGUGGGGCGGCCAAGCUGCUGUCGCACAUGCUGCACCCUUUUAAGGGGACUGAGCUCUGUGUAGCUGCCACGCUGUGUGGGUGGGAUGGAGGAGAGCUGGAUGAUAGAUGUUAUGACCACAGAGGCUCAGAGACUGAUCACAGUGAAGACAGAGAAUCUACAAAGACUCCAAAGGCUAACCUGGAAACAACUGUAAGUGCCCCCAGUGAAAAGGUAUCUCUUUCAAAGACUCAAAGCUCUUCUUACAUUAAGCAACAGUGUUCCAAAAGAAAAAUAAGAUUCUCUGGACCCAGUCUGUUUUAUGUAUGCAGCGACGGCACUCGCCUAGAGGGAACACUUUUUUCUGUGGGCUCAGGAUCGCCCUAUGCCUACUCCAUUUUGGAUCAAGGGGUUCGGUGGGGCCUGACGGUGGAGGAGGCCACAUCAAUAGCUAGAGAAGCUGUGUACAGAGCCACCCACAGGGAUGCUUACUCUGGGAACUUUGUGGAUGUCUAUCACGUUACCUCAAAAGGAUGGACUCGUAGGACGCGCGAGGACUUGAAGGAGGAGUAUUACAGAGAAAAGGAGAAAAAAAAACUUGAGAGGGAAAGACGAGGCACGACUUUGUUAGAGUAAAGACGAGAAGCAAACAAAAGGAAACGUCAAGAGAAAAGAAAAGCAAACAUCGGGGCAUAUUUUAGGAGAGACAGGGCAGCAUCUUUGGAGCAAAUACUAAAUUAAUGAACAAGACAGGCGGUUGCAUCCUCCAGGCUAUCUCUCAAAAAUUGUGGGCAUGCGUAUCAUUCCGUCUAAUAAACAGCUGAUGUUUUGUUUGGACUGAUGAUAAAAUGUGCUCUAACAGCGUCGAGGCGCUGCUAGCUGCCACUUUGAUGUAGAUGUUAAAGGAUUAUAAAUAAUUUCAUCUGGGAUAAUUACCACCUACCCCUUAAUGUAUUUUAAUCACAUAAACAAGUGAGAGAAGCAGACAAUGAGUAGUGUGAGGACCUAAAGUUGAGGCUCAUGAUGUAUUGUUGUGUGUGGGGAAACACAUUAACUGCAGCAAUAAAGGAGCGGCAGCUGAGAACUGAUUUGUGCCUACUGUCAGAACACUUCUGAAUUUUCUUUGAAGCAUCAAUAAAUUAAUGAAUAAAUGAGA